UCUAUGUUUAUAUGCGGCAUGUGUUGAUGGCAGCCUCCAGUGACAGCAUGGAGAACAUGAACAGCGCUCUCUGUCAAAUAGCCACAGAAAAACUUACAAACACGCAUCUAACAACUUUGCAAACUGUGACGAAAGCUUUACGGGAUGAGCAGUUCAGAGCCAGUGUUGAGAGGGAGGUUCUUGGAAACCUCUUUGCAGUGCUGUCAAGACUUUCUGUGGAUGUUGUGCAUUUGAUUGAGAAGAUGGAUUCACAAGAAGAAGCAGAACAUUAUCUGUGCCUUAAACUUACUGCAGAAUGUUUCAGAGCGCACAGAAAUGCCUGUGUGCAAUGCACUCAAAACCAGUGCUGUCUAAGAGAUCUAGGCUGUAUCAAGCUAUCCUUUGAGAUUUUGGCCGGACUCCUCAAGAUUUCAUCAGGAGGUUCAAAUGACAUUUAUGAUGCACUUCGAUGUGGGAUUCAGUUUCUUGGUAACAUUGCUGUUGGAAACCAGCUUUGCAAAGAUGACAUCUGGGAGCUUGGUUUCCCGCACAUCUUUUGGGAUCUUUUGGUGCUCGCAGAUGAGAAAGCCGUUUCAUACACAUGCAUGGUGAUCCACACUUGUCUGGAUGAACACAAGACAGAGCGGCUGGCUAAAGACACACAGCAACUUAAAUUGUCCCUGAAGAUCAUGGACUUGUGCAGGACGUUGCCUGAUGUGGACUGGACGGUCUUUAUUGUCACUCAACACUUCUUCAAGUCGUCAGAGCUCAUUAGGAAGAUGUACACUGAAAUGACCAGUGAGGAAAGGCUCACACUACUGGAGCUGAUGUUAGCGCAGCUUGGUGUCGUUGAGGAGGAGAACUGUUUAAUGCCCCUGAGUGUUGCUCAGUUCUUGGCUUCCUGUUUCACUGAUCACUGCAAAGCUGUUCUCACUCUCAGCUCUGAAUCAUCAGACGACCAGGAGGCUAUGGUCGUCAUCAGGCUCUUAGACAUCCUUUGCGAGAUGACGUCUGACUGCAAGGAGUUUAUGGCCCUCCAGGAUCACUCUGACCUUUUGAGCGCAACAGUCGAUCUCUUGAAAGAGGUCCACUUACUGGGUAAAACUGGUGAAAAUGUGUUCACCGCAGCACACGAUUUCUCCUUGACAAGGCCAGGGGGCGCUGACACCCAUCCUGCCCUCAGUUUCAAAGCUCAUCUCAUUCGACUCAUUGGGAACCUGUGUCAUGGCCACGUUGCCAAUCAAGACAAGGUAAGAGAACUGGACGGUAUAGCUCUCAUUUUGGACAACUGCAGCAUCGACAGCAACAACCCUUUCAUAAGCCAGUGGGCUGUGUUUGCCAUCCGGAACAUCCUGGAACACAACCUAGAGAAUCAGAAGCUGAUACAAGGUCUUCGGAGACAAGGUGUGGCAGACGACACAAUGCUCAGAGAAAUGGGCUUCAGAGUGGAAGAAAGGGAUGGCAGUCUACUGCUCAGGCCCCUAAAGAAGGACCCUUAGUUGAUUAAGUAGAGCUGGGAGACUGCUAUCCCGGGACGCCCAUCCCCAUGCUAUAUUACACUCUGGAGAUGACUUAAAACGCCCACAACACACUGGGGUCAUUAAAUAUCCAAUCAGUAGUUGGGAGCACAAGGGGGUGGUCUGGGCUUUGUGUUCUCCACACAAGAGGAAAUCAAUCAGAGGAGCUUAUCUGAGAGGACUCAUGCUGAUGUCUGUGAUGCAUUUAGUGGUCUUUGAUUCCAACCCCCCCAAAGUGGGAUUCAAAUCCUAUGAAACAAGGAGAACCGUGUCUUCCUGGCUUUUCAGCUACUAAAGAGACUCUGCUGACCAACAGGGAGUAGAGGUUAAUCCUUAAUUCAGUGCAUUUUAUAGAGACCAGCCCGCCUCUUGAUCUGUACACAUAAAGUUCGUCUCUGAAUAGCCGUGAGACUCGGAACCUUCUUUUUGUAAGCUGACUUAAGAUUUUGUGCUUUAAAAUCGUGUUUGUUUACAAAGCCAUGCCAUUUCAACAAUUCCCCUAUUAUUUGAACAAGCUUCCAGUGUAGCUUGGUAGAUGAAGAUUACUGUAUGGUAAGGCUGUCUAUUUAACUGUAGUGCAUUUAUUAUAAUAAAAUAACACAAUGCAGUUAC